AUGGCUAGUUAUUACUGGGUAGUUCUCGUUUUGGCGUGCACCUGCGCGCUCAGUGGCGCACUGGCGGCCCGCGACCUCGCCGACGAUGCGUCCAUGGCCGCGAGGCACGAGCAGUGGAUGGGCAAGUAUGGCCGCGUGUACGGUGACGCCGCCGAGAAAGCAAGGCGGCUGGAGGCUUUCAAGGCCAACGUUGCUUUCAACGAGUCCACGAACGCCGGGAACAGCAAGUUUUGGCUGGAGGCCAACCAGUUUGCCGAUAUCACCGAGGACGAGUUCAGGGCUACCCACACCGGAUACAAGCCAGUUGCUGUGACUAACAAGGGCCGGAGCACCGGGUUCAGGUACGCGAACGCAAGCCUCGACGACCUCCCGGCCUCCGUCGACUGGAGGACCAAUGGCGCCGUCACUCCCAUCAAAGACCAAGGCCAAUGCGGGUGUUGCUGGGCGUUCUCCACGGUGGCCUCCAUGGAGGGCAUCGUGAAGCUGAGCACGGGCAAGCUGGUCUCCCUCUCGGAGCAGGAGCUGGUGGACUGCGACGACACAGACAAGGGCUGCGAGGGCGGGCUCAUGGACAACGCCUUCGAGUUCGUCGUCAAAAACAGCGGCCUCGCCACCGAGGCCGACUACCCCUACACCGGUGCAGACGGCAGCACCUGCGACUCCAGCACGGCCGCGGCGACCAUCACGGGGCAUGAGGAUGUGCCGGCCAACGACGAGGCGUCGCUACUUAAGGCGGUGGCGGCGCAGCCUGUGUCCCUGGCCGUCGACGGCGGGGACAACCUCUUCCGGUUCUACAAGGGCGGCGUGCUCUCUGGCGCGUGCGGCACGCAGCUCGACCACGGCAUCGCGGCCGUCGGGUACGGCGUGGCCGGGGACGGGACCAAGUUCUGGGUGAUGAAGAACUCGUGGGGUGCGGGGUGGGGCGAGGACGACUUUAUCAGGAUGGAGAGGGACGUCGCCGACAAGCAGAGCCUCUGCGGGCUCGCCAUGCUGCCCUUCCUACCCCACGGCGUAGCCAGCUGCUUCAUUCCUAUCCUACUAGCUUGUAAAUCGAUCCACCUUUGA